CUGAGUCACGUGACGUAAACUAACCAACCGGGUGAGCGUAUUGCCAAGACGUGGCAUCUGUGCGAAAUCUCUUCCACGUCCGCCAUAUUGACAUUCGACAAUUUUUGGGUGGAUUGGUGAAUGUUCAGCGUUUUUAUUAGGAAAAGUUCAGUUUUUUUAUAAAAAGGUCUGGUAUUAACGUUCACAAUGGGUAAUGUGUUUGCUAAUUUAUUUAAAGGCCUCUUCGGCAAAAAAGAGAUGCGAAUACUGAUGGUCGGGUUGGACGCUGCUGGUAAAACCACAAUUUUAUAUAAACUUAAAUUAGGUGAAAUUGUAACUACGAUCCCCACUAUUGGAUUUAAUGUUGAGACUGUAGAAUAUAAGAACAUCAGCUUUACUGUAUGGGAUGUAGGUGGUCAAGACAAAAUUAGACCUUUAUGGAGACAUUACUUCCAGAACACACAGGGACUAAUUUUCGUAGUAGAUAGCAACGACAGGGAACGUAUCGGGGAGGCGAAAGACGAACUGAUGCGCAUGCUGGCCGAGGACGAAUUGAGGGAUGCCGUGUUGUUGAUCUUCGCGAACAAACAGGAUCUACCGAACGCGAUGAACGCGGCGGAAAUCACCGACAAACUCGGGCUGCACUCGCUCAGGAACCGGAACUGGUACAUCCAGGCGACCUGCGCGACCAGCGGCGACGGCUUAUACGAGGGUCUCGACUGGCUCUCCAAUCAGCUGAAGAACACCAACCGUUAAAGGUGUGCGCGCACGUUGCCCUGUGAUCGGUUAAGUACUGGACUACUACUAUUCAGUGUUUCUUUUUAAAACAACAAAAAAAUAAAUUCAUAAAAAUAAUGAUUAAAUAAAUGACCAUAUGUUGCAAAUAUGACUUUCCGGUAUGUAUUGUUUGGUUUCGUACCAGUUUCAUUGACGAGCCUAAUUCAUUCACCAAUCGGCACCCUCGAAAGUGAAAACCCACUUUUCUUUUUUGUUAAUGUUAAUUUAUUCACUGCGUCGCCAAUUUAUUUUGUAUAAUAAUAUAUAGUAAUUUUUUUUUUUGUACUGGGUGUUCUGUACAGUAGUUUGAAUAUAACCACCUAAAUGAUAGAGAGCGUUAUUUUUGUAACAUAUGGUAGGGCCCUCUUCGGGGUCUCUAGAACGUUUUUUCAAUCGGUUGAAGCCUUUUAUAUUAAUUUUUAUUACGUUUAAAUCCAUAAUAAUAAUAAUAAUAAUAAUUCUGUCAGUGGAAGCGGUUUUAUUCUUCUUUUUUUUUGUUUGUUCGUUUGUUUGAUCCGACAAAUCGUGGAUAUAAUGAUGAGGAAUUAUAUUUAUUAGAGCGACAGAUUCGUUUCGUGGACAUUCCCGUUUUGUCAAAAACUGUAUUAUCAAAUAAAUUUAUACUAUUAA